CAUUGCUAUAUAUAAGACGGCGUCUUCAAAGUUGCAUUUUGUUACAUACUGUUCUAAACAGAGAAAUGGAUAAAAAGUUUUUGCUGACUGCGUCAAUGCUUGUAUUUGUGGCAAUUAUCUGCUUACCUACUGGAGAGGCUGCGCCAAAGUAUGAUUCUGCUGUAUAUAUUUUAAAAGGAAAGGCUGCGCAAAACGGACAACCAUUAAAUGAGUCUGCUGUAUAUAUUACAAAAGAAGAGGCUGCGCCAAACGGACAACAAAUAGUUGAAUCUCCUGUAUAUAUUACAAAAGGAGAUACUGUAGAACCAAGUUAUGCUCCUCCUGUAUAUAUUACAAAAGAUGUGACUGACUCUCCAAAAACUGACCCUGCCAGAAACACGACGGACAAGACAAGUGGUCAUCAGGAUGGAAGCGCCAGUUGUACGGACAAAAAGAAAAAACUAGUGCCGUUGCUUUUUCGCCUUGUAAGACAUAGAUAACAAAUUUUAAUAUAAUGUAAGAUAUUCAGUAUAUAUUGUCACAAUAACAACGCUAUAAUAAACAUCAAUUUCUGUAAUCUUUAUCAUUUCUCAUUGUAUAUAUACUAGUAUAUUCUUUUUUUGUGCUGAUGAAAUAUAGCAAUCAUGGUAAGCAUACAUAUACCAACGUACAUGUAAAUUUAUAAAAUUUAUGAAGUAUGUAACGAAGUUUAUUAUUAAUGACUGUAAAGUCAUUCAUUUGACAUCGUUUUUAUCUUUUCAUACAUUUUUUAAUUAUAAAAUUAUACUUCACUAAACUUUUCCUAGAAUAUUAAGCCAAUGUCAAAAAGUAUGAAAUAGUAUUUUCAAUGGUAUGUACUUGUCAAGCCUUCGAAUAUUAUAAAAAAUUGAUGUUAAUGUUUUUGUUGGUUAUUUCCAUCUAAAGGUUUUGCUGUGAAUUUGACAAAUUUUGUUAACUAAACAGAAAUAUGUUAAAAAUGUAGUUUAGUUUGUUGAAGCUAUUGCAACACUUUACAAAAAAAAAGUGAGUAACAUCUAAGUCACAUUAGACUGGAAGAAUUCCGAGCAUGCUUAAUUUAAAUUAAAGUAUGCGUCCUUUCAAAUAUGACUUAAAAUAUGAUAUAUAUUAUUGAACAAAUAAUAGAAUUACGAUACCAUAUAUGUGUUAGGAAUAUACUUGCUUGUCGCACCAACACAGUAAAUGCCAUGUGGCGACUUCCCAGCUAAAUUGGUGGAAGACUACAACAGGUGCCACUCCGUGCACGAGCGGGCAUCCUAGUAGAACCACUGACGUUCCGUAAGCUAGCUGGAUAUUUUCCUCACAAUCCAAAGUCCCUUGCGGGAUUCGAAGCCAAAGCGGUGAAAGACAAGUUGUUUGAAGUCAAAGAUCUUAACCACUUAGCCACAAACAGACGGACAGAAAUGAUUCUACGGCUGCUACAUAUUUCAUUUCUUUAAAUAAAUAUG